CGUAGCCAUUCUCACUACUAAAACCUGUCACCUCACGUUGCCAAUCCACACCGUCAAAAUGCCUACCUCUCUCUACGACCUCAUCAUCCCCACCUUCAUCAAAGGCCUGCAAACCUUUGACCACGUCCUCACAAAAGCGGAGCAAUACGCCAAAGAAAAGGGCCUCAACGCCGACGAAGUCUUCCCCCAAGCCAGGCUCGUAGACGACCAACUUCCCUUGGUCUUCCAAGUGCAAACUGCCACCAAGGCUGUUCAGACCACUAUUGGCCGCCUAACAGGCAUAGAGCCCACAUUUUUCGAGGACAAUGAAAAGACCAUUGCCGACCUGCACGCCCGCAUCCAAAAGGCUCUUGAGGCUGUAAAGAGUGUCAAGCCUGAGGAUGUUAACUCACGAGAGGAUGUCAAGGUGGAGCUCCCCCGUCCUGAUAGGACCCUUACUCUCACCGUCAAGGAGGCUACACUCUACCAUGGCCAGACAAACUUCUUCUUCCACAUCGUCACUGGUUACUCUAUCUUACGUUCACUGGGGGUACCCAUUGGAAAGGGCGAUUAUCUUGGAAGCUUCCUUGCGGAGUAUUACUAGUGGAGCAGAUGGACCCUAGAAUAGACAAAUGAGCCAAAUGAGCAAAUGGCUUUCCACAUGAAUUUUUGCGUUUGAUAAUGUUCUAAGUACCUCAGCAGUGGCAAG